GGGACGUCGUGGGCGAAGGAAGCACGGCUGACUGGGAGCUCGCGAACGGUGACUGGGACCCAUCGAUUGAUUCAUAUCAAAAUAAAAGAGGAGAGGCUGAAGAGGAAUUGGAGACACACGCUUCCCAAUUCGAAUACGGUUCAAGCGUGUAUCCUUCCAGAGAAAAAGAAAUUGCUCUAGCAGUUUGGGUGAGCCAUGAGCCCAGCCAAUAUGUCCGGAGGAAACACACUUCAGAAAAAUCGUUUUUUGGUGCUGUACGGAUCUGCAACUGGACAGGCUCAAGCUAUGGCUGAGGAAAUCUGUGAAAAGGCCACUGGCUUUGGUCUGACUGCAGAGCUACAUCCAAUGGAUGAAAUAGGAAAACGGUUCAACUUAGAGCAUGAACAGUGUGUAGUUAUGGUUGCAUCCACUACCGGAGACGGAGACCCGCCACCAAAUGCGGAAAAAUUCAUGCGCAGGAUCAAGAAGAGAACCCUUCCGACGGACUACUUGGCACACCUGCAUUAUGCUUUACUGGGUUUGGGGGAUACAAACUACAGUUCUUUCUGCCGUUGUGCCAAAGACCUGGACAAUCGUCUUCUGGCGCUGGGUGCAAGACAGUUCUUCGCGACAGGCUUUGCAGAUGAUGGUGUUGGGCUUGAGAUUGUUGCUGAGCCUUGGCUUGAGGGUAUUUACCCUGCAUUACAAAAGUUUCUGGGAGUGACUGAGGGCACUGGUGGCUCCCUCACAGAGAAGGUGGAGGCACCCGCACAAUCCUCACCAGCAAGUGUGGACAUAUCGGAGGCGCGGGAUUCAACAAAACAAGACAAUGUGGAGGUGGUGUUAACGAACUCGGGUGUGAGAGAAUCUCAAAUAGAAUCUCAGAGUGAUACAAUUGAAGCUUUUAAAUCUGUGACUUGUGAUGAAAUUUCUGUUAAGGAAACAAGGGCUUCGGAGGGUAAUGGUGAUGGCUCAGUGCAAGUAAAAAAUUCUCAAGACUGCUCAGUCAAUGGUUGUGAUGCUGAACUUACGGUUGAGGUUCAGUCUAAAAUCUUGGGCCAGAAAACUUUUUUUGACAGCCAGCGAAAGUGUGAGACACCAUGCCAGCUUGUUGAUUUCGCUGCAGCUAGUGAUGCCCCCUGUGCCUUGGUCAGCUCUGACUCAGAGCUAGCGGAAAAAUCCCUGACGGUACCAGUUUUACCACCCGCGUAUCUUGAAGCAUCGUUCUCUGGAGAUCCUGUGAAUCUCCGUGAGCUGAGUUUCCAGAAUGACUACAAGCUGCCCAGUGCAGUCUCUCCCGUGAUCAAAGUGCAGGUCUCAGCUGCCCGAGUACUCACCCACCCUCAGGCAGUGAAGAAAACACUUCUGCUCUCUCUCAAUCUUCAGGGCGCGGGUGUGAACUAUCGUCCUGGUGACUCCAUCUCAGUAAUCUGCCCCAACAAUUGCAGCGAGGUGGACAUGCUCUUAGAAAGACUGGGAAUUUCCAACAAAGCUGACGAUUGUAUGACCUUGAACAUCAUUCCAAACACGAAGAAGAGGCGUGCAGCUGUUCCGUCUUUUAUGCAUGAGGUGUCAACGCUGAGGCAUACCCUGACCACGUGCUUAAACAUCAGGGAACCACCCAGCAAGGCUUUCAUCAGAGCCCUAGUUGAGCACACGACCAACCCUAAGGAAGCACGACGUAUGCAAGAGUUGUGCAGCAAGGAGGGAGCCCAGACCUACACGCGUGUCGUACGUGAAAAGUGCAUCUCUCUUCUCGACUUCCUGCAUGCGUUCCCAUCCUGCAAGCCCCCGGUGGAAAGAGUUUUAGAACAUCUUCCAAGACUACAGCCUCGUCCUUACUCUGCCUGCAGCUGUGCUCUGACCGACAAGGACAAGUUAGAUAUUGUGUUCAAUAUAGUGGAGAUCCCAAUGUCAUGUGAUGAUGGACACGCCUACAGUCGGCGCGGUGUGUGCACGGGAUGGCUGGACGAUAUCACUCGUAGCAUGCAGGACAAAGGGCUAGAGGACGAGGAGCUUACAGUCGAGAUCCCGAUAUUCCUACGCAGCAACCAGCACUUCCAGCCCCCGGAUGAUCUCUCUCGCCCGCUGAUCCUGAUUGGUCCAGGCACGGGUGUGGCUCCAUUUAUUGGUUUCCUGGAAGAGAGAAGGCACCAGUUGAAGCUGCAGCCUGAGGGGUCAACUUAUGGGGAGACCUGGUUGUUCUACGGCUGCCGUCACCAGAAGAAAGAUUUCUUAUUCCGAGAUGAACUUCAUCAGUUUGAAGCGGACGGCACGUUGUCUCGACUGUGUGUGACGUUCUCACGGGAUGAUCCGCCAGCUGGCAGCACCGAGCCAUGUCUUCGGUACGUCCAGGACUUUCUGCGCCAGACAUCUCAAGAUAUUGCCCGGCUGGUCGUGGACGAGGAAGCCCUGGUCUACCUGUGUGGAGACGCCAAGGCAAUGGCUAAAGACGUGACUGCUGCAUUUGAAGAUAUUUUGCAGAAGGAGAAAGGAUUCUCCAAAGAGGAUGCAAACAUGUACAUCAUGAAAAAACGAAUUCACAAGACCUUUUUAGAGGACGUGUGGACAUGAUGUGAUCUUACAAAUUUAAUUCUUUUGUGUAUUAAAAAGAUUUGUAAUUUUUUUUUACUGAGAAAAUUAUGUGCCAGCAAAUGCAUAGUACGUUAUUCCUUAAGCAUUCUCUUACGUAGGGCAACACUUCACUGACAAGUAGGGUCUCUUUGGUUCUUCAGUUGUUGGUAUUUGUGUUUGUGUUAGCCCAGCGCAUGUGAGUAGUUGUAUUUUUGGAAACAUUAUUUGUGAAUGGAUAAAUUUAUGAGUGUGUUUUAACCACGACAUUUGUACAGCUGCCAACCAGCAUACAAAAACCGUAUUUAAUACAUUUUUGAGGGUCUGAGUAUCGAUAUCUGUUUUGGUAGAUAGGAAAAUAGGUCUACAAAUACGUAUUCUCUUUUUUUUAGUAUUGUUCCGUAUGGAUUUGGCAAUGCUGAGGACAAAUUAUGAACUUUCAAGAUUAAAUUUGCAUAUAUGAUAUGAAAAUGAAGGCCAAAAGUCAAUUUGAGGGAUCUUUUGCUGCAGGUCUACUUUAAAUAACUUGAAUUUGUUGAAUGCAAACAAGUUUAUGUGAAUGGUUUGGGUUGGGGUCACCCACCUGUUUUUGUUUUGUUUUUUUGGGGGGGGGGUGGAAAGGUGGCAAUUUUUCAGUAGUAUAUUCUUCUGUGAUAGUAGUAAGUAGUCACAUAACACCCUUAUAUUACUUCAGCUUCAUCACAAAUAGCAAUAUGCCCAUUCAUGAACUUUUUGUCAAAUAUUUCCUUCAUUUUCAAACAUAGACUCUCUAGUUUUUGUACAAUGACUUGUAUCAAUUUGUCUUACUGAUCAAUAUUUUUGUAAACACUUGUUUGCUGUAUUCCAGAAAAUUCUUUAAAUACUAAUAAAUAAUCAAAAUGGAUGGUUUCCACAGAUUUUAAGAGGUUUACCGCUAGUGCAAUAUCGCUUUUAAGGGUAGGGGGCUAUGGUAUACACAAUCUGGCUGUUUACUUAUCAUUGAGCUAGUUAGUUGGGCAUCGUUUGGUUGAAAAGAAGUACCCUGAACCUUAAAAUACACAUUUUCACAUUUUUCCACGGCAUGGCACCACAAACAAAAUGCCGAGCUAGCAUUUUGUAUACAACUUUAGUUUACGUAGAUCUCAACAACCAUUCAAGAAAGAGGCCUAAUAUUUAGCCUAGUUACACAUGUGGGCAUCCUCUACCACCGUACAAAAUCAGAAUUCAAUUGUUUUCAUCUGUUCCCGAGAUAUUCAGCCUCAAAGUGGGCUAUAAUUGGCUAUAUUAAAAUCUUAAACAUUUCAGAACAAAUGGACACGAAACUUCUCUUCAUUUAAAAAUUACAAGAUAUAAGUAAAAAAAUAUCUUUUUAAAGUGGUAGAUGUACAUCUUCAGAACAUUAACUUUUCAGCCAAUUCUGACGGUAACUUGCAGAGAUCUACGCGAAACAGUGGGACACAUGUGUAGGAAAAAGGCGUUUUGAGAAAAACGCGAAAAACGAAUUCAAAUGCUCAAAAGUGAGCCAAAAUACAGUUUUAUAGUACAAAACUCCACAUAUUAUGAAUACUGAGAAUAUUGUCAGCCUUCUCAACAAAGGAGAACCACCUAACACUAGGUACCACAAGCGAACAUUUUUUAAAACAAUAUUGAUGUUUAAACCUUAGGGGUUCAAAUCUACUCAAUAAUACAAGAACAUUAAAAAAAAGAAUGAUCAAAAUCCAUCAAUAAACAAUCGAGAUAUGGUAUUUCAAAGUUUUAUUUUUGAACGAAACCUGCGACUUUCACCCAUGUUUGAGGUGUUCUAAAAUACAAAGUGCCUGAUCAAAUCAAUGAAAACUUUGUUUUUCUCAGAGCUGUCAACACAAAUAUUGAUAUCUCUAAAUCAAAGCAUAUUAGACUGACUGGUUUCCAAGACAUAGGCCUUCAAAAAUUGAAAAAAAAAGCCAAAAUAUGUCAACAUGAGCUCAGAACCCUAUUUCAACCCCUUCCAAAUUAGUCAAAACUGCCUCCUCAUUACAUGCAUAGACUUAGCUGAAUUUUUUUCAGACCUCUCUGACAAUAAGUAACUUUUCUGGACUCCUCUGAAGUGGGCUUCGGUGCAAAAAACGCCUCUUGGAAAAAAAAUUAGGGAAACUCUGGUACAUCCUUGGGAAAAGAUAUCACAAGUGAACAAAUUAAGCUACAGGGCUAAAUCAUACAUCAAAUUGAAGCUGAAUGCAAGCUCUAUGAGGCCAAAUGAAAAUUGUUUACUAAAACCUCUAUUAACGCUCCAUAACAGGGCCCUAAUGCCCAAAAACCUGCCGUUAUUGAGUGAAAAUUAUAAUGUCUGCCGAUUGGAAAAAAAAUUCAUAUGAAAUCAACAAAUUGUGCUACAAGGCUGCAUUAUAUAUCAAAUUAAAGCUCUUUUCUGGCUCUGUACAGUGAAUUAGUUUAUAGAAAGUAAAACCCUUCCAAACAUUUCAGAAAUUGACAAUAAUGUGAAAAAAGUCAUCAAUAUUGGUUCAGAAAAUUAAGAUUUCUGUUCAGGGGAUUUAAAAAUUGGAAUUAAAUCAACAUACUGUUCUACCGUGGUUUAUUUUGUAUAAUAUAGAUCUAGUUCUAGAUUUAUUUAUCAUUUUAGCUGAGAAAGAAACCAGUGGCUGGGGAAAUACAAUGUAUCAUCAUGUGUCCAGUAAGUUGAAUGAAGAAAGAGUGUUUUGGGGGGGGGGGGGGGGGGGGGCAUUUCUCCAAUUAUCAGGUGACAUCUAAUUUGAUUCAAUAUUUGAAUAUCCACCAAUCAAGAACGUUGAUCUUGCCAUUUUGCUAUCAAAUUAAAUGCCAAACAUUAGAUCUACGAACAUUUCCAUCGGCAACACUAACACCCGGUAACCCCCUUCCGAGUGUUUAGUGUGUGAUGUCAUGUUACUAUAAAUAGAACUCCCAGUUCAACUAUUCACGGCUUUAUUCUUUCACCUUGUCGACCAGAGAUGCUUAGAUUUCGAUGCAUUUAGAAUAAAGGUGUUCUUAAUUGAAAAGACGGCAAAAAUACCGCCAUGAAGCGAUACAUUUGUAUAGAUCGCAAUUAAUUCACUAUGAGGUGGUGAAAAUGUAGGUCGGCGUGAUUCCCACCAAACAAUAACAAUCCAACUACUCGGCAAGUGGUGGCCGAUUAGUCUUAUUUUUCAAAAUACGAUAUUCAUAAGUAUCCUAAAAGAAAAGUAUGAUAACACUUACAUAAAUUGACGCCAUGAACAGAUCCAUUGAAUGUUUCUUUCCCUGAAUCAUCUUAUAAUCGUCUGUUGGUUGGAUCUCGUCAGAGGGGGCGGCAAUGGACGACGGAACAGCCACAAUGGCAGAAUGAAGAUCUCCUGAAAGUGGUUGUUACCCCACUUCAGGAACAGUAAUAUUUCUACUUCGUGGAACGUAGUUGGCUUUUCUAAACACAUAAACUUGAUGGUAGAGAUGUCUAAGAAUGUGAUCCUGGCACAGAAAGCCCAAUUUGUGUUGAAUUUCACAUUUUUAAAAUGCUUUCUUCGUCUUUACUUCGUACCACUCAUGCUUUCCGCUUGAAAUAAAAACAUAAAGUUUGAUAAACACAUUCCUCGGAAAUUCUCCUGAAAUCCCAGGUUUUUAUGUAUCAAACCGCAAGAAAAUUAGAUGAUUCACCUCUGAGAAAUUUAAAUUUAAAACAAGUACCCCCCAAAUCUAAGCGCGCAAAAUUGCGAGACGGCCGAGUUUUCCCGUGUUAGACUUUAGUCAAUUAAAAACUAAAUAUGCAAUCAUAAGUAUCAGUUUCUCGUUCACCAUGGAGAAGGAAAGACACA